GGAUAAAGAUGUUAGAGCUUUACUAGCCAGCGCCACCACCAAUCACUCGACUCUCCACACGUUCGGAGGCUUCACAACUCGCUUGAUAUUUUACAUUGUCUCACUUAACCAUGAUUAACCACGUCAAUUAAAACCGCUUGGUUGGCCAUAAGCAUGCAGCAGUAAUAUCUCCUAUAUCAUACUACUGUUGCUCUGACCAAAUUCGCUCUCUAGAAAUAUACCCUUUAACUCCAACUCGAGUCAGUUACCGUAUUGUAUAAUUUUUUUUAUUCAUUUUUUUUUUACAUCACCUACAAAAUGGAAGUUUCAGAGGCUGUCGUUUACCCUGUCCUCAAAGGCAAGGUUGCGAUAGUAACCGGCGGUUCACAAGGCAUGGGAAAGGCCACAGCGUCAGUCUUCUUACGAGCUGGUGCCCAAGUGGUUAUCGCCGAUGUGAAAGAAGUCGAGGGUCAAGCAACUGAGAAAGAGUUGUCGCAGUUUGGGGAGAUCAUAUUUGUGCGAUGCGAUAUCUCCAAGUCGGCGGACGUUCAAAAUCUCAUCGCGGUAACAGUCGAGAGAUUUGGCAAGCUUGAUGUAGCUGUUAACAACGCUGCUCUCACGCCGGACAAGACACAGCUUAUCGAUUUUGAUGAGGACUACUGGAAUACUCUCGUGGGAAUCAACCUUACGGGAACAGCACUAUGUUGCAAGUGGGAAAUGCAACAGAUGGCAAAACAGGGCACUAAAGGCUCUAUAGUCAAUAUUGCAUCUAUCAACGCUUUUAGGCCACAACCAAACAUGCCUGCUUAUACAGCAACGAAGCAUGCUAUCAUUGGCUUGACAAAACAUGCUUCUGUAGAGGGAGGACCAAAGGGUAUCAGAGUAAAUGCUGUUGCACCGGGUGCUAUCUUCAGCGAUAUGUCAGCCGCAGCAUUGGAAAUUAUGGGAACUACUAUGGAAGCGUUUGCCCCAACGGUCAGCAACUUGCAUCGUUUCGGAAUGGCUCAUGAAGUCGCACAAGCCUCGUUGUGGCUCUCGUCAGACAAUUCCUCAUAUGUCACUGGUGUUUGUUUGCCCGUGGAUGGAGGAUAUUUGGCUAAGUAGCCUAGGAUGUUGCUUGCUUGUAUCAACUGAAAGGAUAGAAAAUGAUUAUCAGGGUGUAUUCUGACGUCGCUCAGUACCUUGUUCUGACCUCGUAAACUUUGAUUACUUUGCAAUUGAUUGUCAAAUUUCCAUCUCAUCGUCAUCUGACAUCUUGACACGUUUUGUGCUAGCAUUCCGUAUGACAACCCAGAAAGAUCUCA